AUGGAGUAUCUGGAGAACUGCUUAGCCAUCGGAAUAGUAUGUUGCUACAGCGAAGAUAUCCCAAGGCCAACAAAAGAUCCGUGCCUGUACAUAUUGCGUUUCGCGUCGCAGCUCCAGUUCGAGGAGAAGCAGCACGAAGUGAGCAUGACAGCGCUUCGGCUGGUGCAGAGGAUGAAGAGGGACUCCAUACAUUCUGGCAGGCGACCCUCCGGCAUUUGUGGCGCCGCAUUGCUAAUGGCGGCUCGCCUUCACGACUUCUCCCGCACCCCGGCGGACGUGGUGCGGAUCGUCAAGGUCCACGAGUCCACGCUGCGUAAGCGCCUGAUGGAGUUCGGGGACACGCCCUCCAGCGCCCUGACCCUCGACGAGUUCAUGACGGUGGACUUGGAGGAGGAACAGGACCCGCCGGCCUUCAGGGCCGCGCGCAAGAGGGACAAGGAAAGACUGCAAAGGCUGAUGGAAGAGGAGGACGGCGAAAAGGAGCUGUCAGAGCUUCAGAAAGAGAUAGAUCUUCAGCUGGAGAAAGACAAUCACAGACGCAGACGACUGACGGCCGCUGCGCUACUAAACAACGACGAGGGCGUCGCGGAGCAAGCGGAGGCAACAAGAUUCGCGGCCGAAGAAACGCUAAACCUCCUCGGCGAGAUAGCACGCGAGUCAGAUGUGGACAAGAUCACCGACCCAAAGCAAGAAAAGCUCAAUUUCGAAAAGGGACUCGGACCCGACCUGGCGGUGAUCGGCCUCGGGCAGCCGGACGAGAGGCCGGACAAGUUCCUCAAGCCGGAGCCGAAGAACCAGUACUGCCGGGACCUGCACGGCGCCGACGAGCUGGUGCUCAGCGAGCGCGACGAGGAGUACGUCAGCUCGCUGAUCAUGAGCGAGGAGGAGGCGCGCCACAAGACCAGGCUGUGGAACAACAUCAACGCGGGCUACCUCAAGGAGCAGAAGAUAAAGGAGGAGUUACGCGCACGCGAGAAAGAAGAGGGUAAAGACAAAAAGAAGAAAGUGCGGGGCGCCUACAAGAAGAGGGUGGCUAUCAACGCGGCAACCGCUGGCGAGGCCAUCGAGAAGAUGCUGGCGGAGAAGAAGAUCAGCUCCAAGAUCAACUACGACAUACUGAAGAGUUUGGACCAGCCGGGCACGCAUGUAGCACAUCCUGCACCCGCCACGCCAGUGAAGGUGUCGCAACCUGUCAUCGAUUCAAAACCUCCAACUCCAUUGGAGACCGUCCCCGCUUCGCCGGUGCCUCGUAAACGGAAAAAGAAGGCGGCUGCGCCACCUGCCAGCCCUAUACCAGUUGCCAGCCCGAUGCCCCCUCCUGCCACGCCCACGCCAGUACCAAUUGAAAAUUUGGACGACUACGAGGAGGACGUCGAGGCGGAGCCGAGCGAAGCGACCGGCGUGUUGUCGCUAGCCGCCAUGUUGCAAAAUGGCGACCAAGACGAGUAUUACGGCUACGACGAAUAU